AGGACAAAAAAAAAAAAAAAAAAAAAAACCGCGAAACUUAACCCACGCAAUGGCUCGCACAAAGCAGACAGCACGCAAAUCCACGGGCGGUAAGGCACCGCGCAAGCAGUUGGCCACUAAGGCGGCUCGCAAGAGUGCGCCGGCCACUGGCGGCGUCAAGAAGCCACACAGGUACCGGCCCGGCACAGUGGCACUGCGUGAGAUCCGCCGCUAUCAGAAAAGCACCGAGCUGCUCAUCCGCAAGCUGCCGUUCCAGCGGCUCGUGCGCGAGAUUGCCCAGGAUUUCAAGACUGACCUGCGCUUCCAGAGCAGUGCCGUUAUGGCCCUGCAGGAGGCCAGCGAGGCCUAUCUGGUCGGCCUCUUCGAGGACACCAACCUGUGUGCCAUCCACGCCAAGCGUGUUACCAUCAUGCCCAAGGACAUUCAGCUGGCGCGUCGCAUCCGCGGCGAGCGCGCCUAGGCCGCUUGUGCCGUUGCCGUGCUCCGGCAGGCUGGCAAGCAAGAAACAGGUCCUUCUCAGGACCAGA